AUGAAAAUACUACUAAUAAUACUAGUAUGUCUGGCUUAAGAAACCAUCUAAGACGUAACCAAAGCUAAGAAUCUCAUUUCACAGUCAACUUAGCUAAAUGUACCUUGCCAGGUCGAUGACGAUUGCAACCCUCCCUAUAUUAUUUGCUCAGGUGAAUCCAAGUUGUGCGAACACAAGGGAAUAUUUCCAAUAUAUGAAAGAGAACUAGCAGGCAUUUUGAUUAUACCAUGCUUACUGUCUUUAUUCUCAAUUGCAGGUCUUGGUGGGGGUGGGGUAAUUAUUCCUCUUUCCAUGAUAUUCUUUGUCUUUGAUACAAAAAAUGCAAUAGCUAUUAGUAACUUUGCAAUCUUUACUUGCUCUGUGACUAGAUACUUAUACACCCUAGACAAAAAGAACCCUGAAAAGAAAGAAUAUGUGUUAAUUGAUUACAACAUUGCUAUAGUUAUGCUACCUACUGUUAUGAUGGGGUCACUCACAGGUGUAUUUCUCAACAUCAUUCUUCCUGCUAUAGUCUUACAGCUUAUUUUAACUGCUUUGCUUGUUUUCCUUGGCAUUCAGAGUCUUAUGAAAGGUAAAGAUAUGUAUAAGAAAGAAACCAUCAAGUUCGAGCAAGAGUCACUCAAGAAGAAAAAUCUUGAAAAUUCAUUGACUUAAGUCAAAAAUGAUGAAAGCUAGCAUUUAUUAAGUAGACAUUAGUAACAAGAUAAUUAAGCAUAAACUUCGAGUCAAUAUAAAGCAGUGAAUAACUUUGAAAUUGAAGCUGGGACUCCAUAGAUCUCGUAGAGAGAAGGACUUGACUACAAUUCUCUCGAAUGCAAAAGACUAGAGCAUAUUAUAGAGAAGGAGAAGACGCACUUUUAAUGGGAUAAACAUUUUACUUGCAUUUCGAUAUUCCUGAUCCUCCUUUCUACUAAUUUACUAAGAGGCAAUAAAUCACUGGAGUCAAUAGUUGGGAUAGAUAGAUGUAGCUCACUUGACUGGAUCGUGCUCGCUUGCUUCUAUGUUGCUUGCUUUAGUAUAACAAUGUAUUCUAUAAGUAAAGUAAGGACUUAGCAAGCGCUCAAGCUAAAGUAUAAUAAAGGUUUGGCUAAGUGUGAUAUAAUCAUGACAAAUCGCAAUACUUUAAGGUUAUUUAUCUUUUCAUUCAUUGGUGGCUGGAUAUCUGGUGCUCUUGGUCUUGGAGGAGGAGCAAUUUUUAAUCCAAUACUUAUUGGGUUAGGUACUCCUCCAGCAGUCGCUACUGCUACAAGCAUGUACAUGAUAUCUUUUUCUAGUGCUGGCUCAACAGUGACUUACAUUAUUUAUGGUCUUAUAAACAUUCCAUUUUCAAUCUGGGUUGGUAUAGUUGGUUCAUUUGGAGCAACUGGAGGACUUGCUUUAUUCAAUGUAGUGACUAAAAAGUACAAUAGGCAAUCAUUAAUUGUAUUCGUUCUUAGCGGAGUUUUAGUUUUUUCAGCUUUACUAGUGCCUUUGUUUGGUGGAUUAGAUCUCCUUAAGUUGAUUGAUAGAGGAGAAGACAUUUUUGAGAUCCAUUCAAUUUGCUAGUGA